AUGGGUUUCGGCAGUUUCAAGACCAUUUGCCAGAACACGGGAAUCCCACUCUGCUCCGUGGUUGGCGCAGUCAACGCAACAUCGCCAAUUUCCGUCGGUAUCGUGGCCAAAUGCUAUGCCAGACCCGUCGAAAUCGCUAACACCUUGAUCUUCCAGGUGGGCAACGCUUUCAUCCACUUUGGUGCUCUUCUUGUCUUCUUGAUGAUUAUCUUCAAUAUCAGAUCCAAGUACACUGCUAUUGGCCGGUCGGAGUUGUUGUCAUACUACUAUUUGAACAUUGUUCUAGCCAUCUGCUCCUUGGUGGUGGACUGUGGAGUAUCGCCUCCAUCAACAAGCAGUUAUCCAUACUUUGUAGCGGUACAGCUUGGUGUGUCAUCGGCUGUUUGCAUGUGUCUUUUAUACAACGGUAUUGUUUGUUUCCAAUUUUGGGAAGAUGGUCUGCGCAAGUCGCUUUUGGCCAUGUGGGUCGUUACAGCGUUGUGGUUCGUAGUCAACUUCAUCGUGGCACUUAUCACCUUCAAGUCUUGGGGUACAUCAUUGAAUAACCGUACCACCACCACACUCUUUGUCGUGACAUAUGUGUUGAAUGCAGUUAUUCUAGCGGUUUAUGUGAUCUCGCAGUUGAUCCUUGUGUUUUUUGCAUUGGACUCGUACUGGUACUUGGGUGCAAUCUUUAUGUUUUCGUUUUUCUUUGUGGUGGGCCAGGUGUUAUUGUAUGUGUUCAAUAACCAGAUCUGUGAGGGUACCAGUCACUACACUGAUGGAAAGUUCUUUGCUACAGUGUGCAAUCUUUUCGCCAAUAUGAUGGUGUACAAAUUUUGGGACAUGAUCACCACUGAGGACUUGGAGUUCUCCGUGGCCAAUGUUGAACAGGGCGUGGCUGCGUUUGGAGAUCAUGAAAAGAGGUAUAGUCUGUACCUUAACUAG